AUGCUCAGCAAGCACCGCCGUGCUGAACCAGAAGCCCUGCAAGAUGUUCGACUUUGUCCGAAGCUGUGGGCUAAAGAGCGCAUUUCUGAGGAUGCAUCCCAGCAACCAAGCUGGGACUGGACUUCCUGGAAAAACUCCGGCUAUGCCGAUGGAGUUUACCAGAAUAAGUUGGAAGAGCAGCUUGCAGACCUCGAGGAGGAGUCCGAAGAGCCAGAGCUCCCCUUGGAAGGGGGCCCGGAUGUUGAAAUUGUGGCUCAGAAGGAUCAUGAAGGCACCCGGAUCGAGGGGGUUGUGUCCAGCGAGGAAGAAACGAAUUCUUUCCUCUUCAGUUUGGAGAAGAAAGGACAGCUAAGCUCUCCUCAAGACUACGAGGGCGCCCGCCAUGCCUGGGAAAGGGCUUCGCUGGAGCACAAGGCUGGGAAUGCUCUGAGGACAGCAGUGAAGAUGGAAAAAGAGCAUGCCUAUGGCUUCCAGAAAAGCUCGGAUGCAGCUCGAGUGGCCCUUGAGGAGGGCCAAAAGUGGCAAAGCAUGGUGGACAAGGUGGAGCCGCAGCCGAUGCCCACACCAAAGAAGUGUCCUCUGCCACCUCCGAAGACGCUUCAAGCUGCGGAGGAGGCUUUUGACGAAUAUUCCUCGUGGAAGAAAGACAAAUGGAGCUCCGGAAAAAGUCGGCCUUGGUGGAAGAAAGAUGAUUGGAAAUGGCAGCAGGGGACGUCCAGCUCCUCGAAGGGCCCAGAGCAAAGCAUCAUGAAGCAGUAUGAUGCGUGGGAGGAAAAGGUCGAUGUGCAGGCCCAAAAGUACUGGGGGACCGAUGCCUGGCAAAGGGAUCUUCCUCAGGAUCAGCAGCCGGUGUCGAAGAAAAGCAAAGGAAAAAAGAGGAAGCUCUGGCUGGCCGCCCAGAUUGAAGCCCUCAAAAGUGAGGGCCGCUGGGUGGGCGGGGCACCGUCAGAAAGCUCAAAACACCUUCGCUUGAUCCGCGAGGCGGAGAUGAAGGAGCAGGCGGCCAAGAAGCAACGACAUGCCGCAUCUUCCCAGGAAUCCGCUGCUGAGGGGAUGCAGGAUCAAGGAGGCGACACUGCCGAGCCAGAGGUGCCGGAGCAUGAGCAGGGCUUUAACCCUUGGGAGGACCCUUUUGAGAAUUUCAACCAAAUGAUUUACAAAGCCGACACCAUCGAGCAUGUGGUUACUCUCGAUGUAGCACAUGUGAAUGCAUUGGAUCACACGUACAAGAAGCUGAAACGCCUGCAGGACGAGGACCUCGAGAACGACCCGGAGGAUCAGUUGGAGUGA